CAGCCAGCAAGCCGAAGCUUCGACGAUGGCCGAUGCAGUGCAAGAUAUCCUCGCUGGGAACACGUCGAGCCUACAGCACGUGUGGUCACAAGUCGGCAUCACUAGUACCUACGUCACAUCACCCAGCGGUGCAUUCAACGCUCUCGAAGUGGUCUGCGCUGCUAGCCUGUUCCUGCUUAUCAGUUCCAUAGGAUCGGGCUAUAGCAACUUGAGCCUUCUUCAGCUAGUGUCCUUCACGUACAGCCUGCUGGGACUGCACAUGCUUUGCGUAGGACUCAUCAGUGUGCAGUUCACCUACGUCAUCACGAACACGAUAUACUACGUCUGUUACAACUACGGCGCUGCAGCUGCCUACCUAGUGUCCGCAGUGUUUGCCAUCUCCGUUGGCCUGAACCCCUUCAAGACAACGACGUCUUUGGUCAGCGUGGCAUUGGCACUGGCCUGCACGUUCUUGCAUUUUGGGCAUGGCGUAUACUGGGGCAAGAGCGCAUCGACGGCCGCUCCCUAAGUUGGUACAUCCGAGCUAUCUGCGGAUCACGCAUCAACAACAGUGGCUUGAACUUUGUAUAAACCU